AUGGAAGAAGGGACAGCUAACCGAAAUGGCAUGCUUGAUGCGGGUUCACCUUCUCGCCUUUGCAAAUGGUCGUCGUACCGUGCAGUACUAGGUGGACAGGCGACAUCAAGGCAACGCGAGUUGAAGGGCGCCCUGUUGGGUUGGCCAUUUCCGCCCGAGUAUACACCGAAUGUCCCGUCAAAGCAGCUUACGAACGACUCUUUCAAGGUGUCUUGUCUGACGCACUCUCCGUUACUCUCGGUCAAUUCCCCUGGGGACCGCAUCUUCAUGCACGCACAGGUCUUCGUUGAGCAGUUUAACAGCUCCAACGCGGCAGCCACGGCGACACGUGGAGCACGCACCGGCCGAACGUGA